UAAAGUGAGGGCGCCAGAAGUAAGGAAUCUAAGGGUGUGCAUGACGAAUUUUUUCGAGAGUCUCCUCUCAGUAGUUGAGACAAUUGAAGAAUUCGGGGAAGAAAACAGUUAACGACAUUAACACUGAAGAGGCCACGGCCUGUUCCAGCGUGCAUCCGGCCGAGAGCCAUGCCCGAGCACACCCCGGCACCGACACCGGCGCGUGCCGUCUACGGGUUCGUCUUGUACCUGGCGUCCGUCACGUCGGCCGCACUCUUCCUGCUGUGGGCGUACGUGCCGCCGGAUGUGGCAUCUUCGCUCGGUCUCAGCAGCUACCUGCCCCAGCGCUACUGGGCCGUCGCCCUGCCGGUGCACCUGUGCGUCGGGCUGGCGCUGUUCGCAUUCUUCUUCUACCCCGGACUGGGUCUCGCGAUGACGCCCGCCCUCUCGGACCCGCUGACCGUCGGGGACGGUCGAGGCCGCGGAGCGCGGAACGCCGCGCCGGCGCCUGCGCCCGGUGCCGUACCCCCGGUGGGAGACCUGCACGUCUCCGAGGUGUGCCGCCACCUGUACCUCGGGGGGCAGAGCGGCUGACGGCCGACUGUGGAGCCGGGCCGGGCCGGGCCGGAGGUGCCCCACCGAGUGGCGUCCCGCGUCCUGAGGGGAGCUCCAGCUGCCGGUGGACUCUUGUGGAGCACGUGUUCCUGUUGAGACAAAAGUGGAAAAUUGUUCUAAAGGCUAUUGAUAAAGGUUGUCUUGUGUGUUAAUGAAUAAACUGUCUUAAAUUUUUUCCUCAAAACCA